AUGACGGCGCUCCUGGCCCUGGCAGAAGGGCACAGGCGACAGAUCCUGGAGUUGGCGGAGGCGCAGGAGAAAGCCUGGGUGGAGGCUUUGAAAAGCGAAGGGACCACGAACGCCGUUGUCAGAGAGGAGUUCCCUGGGCCGAAUCUGGGCGCACCAGCGCCAUCCCUUGGCCACAUCCGUUGUACGCGAGAGCCAAUUGUUGCGGAGUAUGAAGAUCCCCUCCCACAGGAUGUCCAUGACAAUCUUAACAGCAUUGUGCCGGAAUGGAGAGAUUCAGACGAUGAGCGCAGUUCGAAUUGCGAGGUUGUGCAUAACCGCAUCUCCAAGCAGAGCAGGCUGUCCAACCACUCACGGCAGGAGUUCGGCCACCUGCUGGAUGACGACCACCACUUGGAUUUCACUUGCUUGCAGGUGAAGUCCAUCAAGUCGGGAAUUGAACUCAUCGCAGGCGUGUUGGUGUUGCUGAACUCGAUUACGCUGAUGGUAGAGCUGGAGGUGGAGGGCAGAGUGGUGGGCUCCACGAUCGGGCUCGGAGGGGAGGGCGACGAAAACCUGGCCAGUGCCCUUCCAGUCUUCCGCAUCGCCGAUGCCAUCUUCGUGGGCUUCUUUGCCCUGGAGCUCCUAGUGAGGAUCUACUUGGAGAGGCGCAGCUUCCUACAUGAUUACUUGAACUGGUGGGACGCUUUGUUGGUCUCGGCGGGCCUUGUCGACGUGAUCUUGAGCAUCGUGCAGGCAGAUAGCUGGAUUGACAAUGCCGUCGUUAGGGUCGCGCGGGGCUUGAAGGCGCUCAGGGCCUUUCGGAUGAUGCGGAGCUUCCGGCUUUUCCGUGGCCUUCGUGUACUUGUCAAGGCAUGCCAGUGCCCCCUGGUCUUGAUAGGAAGAAUUUACAGUCAGGGCCAGAUGGGAGGGGGGAAGAGUUUGACCAGGCAGCUGCCGCACCCCCACAUAAGGUUCGCAUAA